UUUUUUGUCCCCAUUUUCCCACAAGUCCCCAUCACUACAGCUUUUCUCUUCUCACUCCCACUCUUGCUUCUUCGCCUUUCUGUCCCGUGUGUGUUCUUUUCUGCCAUUUUUUCACCACAGGUCCUUGUUUUUUCCUUUUAUUUUUCCAUUUUUUUUCUUUUUCUGUCUCAUACAGAGCUCAAAUGUCAAAAGCUUGAACCUUUUUUUUCAUUUCCUUUUCAUUUUUCUUCACCGGCUACAAAAAAUGUCCGAUGGGAGCAAGCCAUCGUAUCUGACGGACGAGCUGUCCAAACGGACCUCAAUUCUCGGUCUCCGUUUAUGGGUUCUGCUCGGAUUAUGCGUCUGCGCCGCAAUUGUCGGCUUCCUCUUCCUAAUCUGUCUCUGGUUCACCUCGAGAAGGAACAAGAGAACUUCGUCACUGCUAAAAUUACCCCAAAAGAGCACCUCCAUCCCUAAAGUCUCUAGAGAAAUACAGGAAAUUCGGUCCGACCCGGACCGAGUCUCUGAUACCAACCCUAAGCUCUUGCUCCCCGCGCCUGGGCCGGUUCAGAACCCGGAACCCGACCCGAAAGAGGACAAUCGAAUCCACAUUGAGGUUGGAAAGGGGCACCGGAUUGCCUACCCGGAGAAGUCGUGUUCGGGUUCCGGGCCGGUCUGCAAGAGUGGCGAGGCGGAUUCUGCUGUUUCCGGGCCGGAGGUCUCGCAUUUGGGGUGGGGCCACUGGUACACGCUGAGGGAGCUUGAGGAGGCCACAAAUGGCUUUUCGGAUGAGAAUGUGAUUGGGGAAGGAGGGUAUGGGAUUGUUUACCAUGGGGUUUUGGAGGAUAAGGCUGUUGUGGCUGUCAAAAAUCUGCUCAACAACAAGGGUCAAGCCGAGAGAGAGUUUAAGGUUGAGGUCGAAGCCAUUGGACGUGUACGCCACAAGAAUUUGGUGAGAUUGCUCGGAUAUUGUGCUGAAGGUGCUCAAAGGAUGCUCGUGUACGAGUAUGUCGACAAUGGGAACCUCGAGCAAUGGCUUCAUGGAGAUGUUGGGCCUCAAAGCCCUCUGACUUGGGAAAUUCGUAUGCGAAUUAUUCUUGGAACUGCAAAGGGGCUAACCUACCUACACGAGGGCCUCGAACCUAAGGUCGUUCACCGUGACAUUAAAUCGAGCAACAUUUUGUUAGACAAAGAGUGGAAUGCAAAGGUCUCCGACUUUGGUCUUGCAAAGUUGAUUGGUUCUGAGAGGAGUUACAUUACUACACGAGUUAUGGGAACAUUUGGUUACGUGGCCCCAGAGUACGCAAGCACGGGCAUGCUGAAUGAGAGAAGUGAUGUGUAUAGUUUUGGCAUUCUUAUAAUGGAAAUCAUUACCGGGAGGAACCCAGUGGAUUAUAGUCGUCCCCCAGGGGAGGUGAACCUUGUCGAUUGGCUCAAAACAAUGGUUUCUAACAGAAAUGCUGAGGGAGUUUUAGAUCCCAAAUUACCUGAGAUGCCUUUGUCGAGAGCACUCAAACGUACCCUUUUAGUGGCUUUACGUUGUGUGGACCCAAAUGCUCAGAAAAGGCCUAAGAUGGGGCAAGUCGUGCAUAUGCUCGAGGCUGAUGAUUUUCCAUUCCGUGAUGAUCGCGGGGUUAGGCGUGAAAACGGGCGAACUCAUAAUGUUGGAACAAAAGAGAGGUUGUUUAAGAAUCAUAUAGCUGAAUCAGGAGAUAGCAGUGGAUACGAAAGCACUGACAGAUUUUCACUAAAAAGGUAAGAAAUCGAUGAAUGAUAAGUAACAGAGUGAAAAAGAUUCAUUCUCUUACAGUGUUCGGUUUGAGUUGGUCGCAGAGGGAACGGACUUGAAUGCAUUUCUUAAAAAUUUUAUGUAUGUUGUAAUUAUGUAUAAUGGAUAGAUUUGUAUAGUUUAGGAUUUGGUUUGGCUGAAUUAUGUAUUGUAGUUUGUACGGCUCUUGACUUGACUCUUGUUUGAUUUUCCCGCCUAUUAAUUGUUAAGCAGUACUGUAAUAAGUUUGUGAUUAUGUUUACGAGAUUGGAGUUUGUGUUUAAAAAAGUCUGGUGUGAGUUGGCCUAAAAGACUAUGCAAACAAAUUAAAUGAACAAAAAUAAAUGUAAAAACAACUACUCCAUUUAGCUGCUGAUUUUGAAAAAAAUAGACUUGCUCAUAGU